AUGCAAAGCCGAGGCGGCGGCGGCAGGCAAGCCUGUGGCGACCUCUGCCCCAACCGGGUGCAGCACCUGGCCGGGCGGCUGGCCAAGAAGCCCGGCCGAGGCGAGAGGAAGCAGGUGCCACGGAAGAUCCACCCAAGAAGCAACCCUGUGGCCAUUUAUCGCGACCCGACUCCAGACCCCGUAGAAUUAGCGUUUGCGACCAUCGACUGGCAGGAUUUGGGCGACUGCAGCUCCAUCUUUCAGCAGGAGCAUUCCAGCGUCCCUGUCCCGACCCAGCAGCAGUUUACAUCCGUCAUGGCAGUGCAAGCUUGCCCUCGCCAUUAUCCGGCUUGGCCAGUGGAUUUCCAGAGCCCGUGCUUUCAAGCGGAGCCUGAGUUCGAUUUCCAGGAUUUUCGCGAUGUCGUCGAUAGUUUCAUAUCAGAUCCAUCCUCUCUGAUGCCUCCUCUGCUGGACUCUGCUGAUUUUCCUUUCCCUGAGGAUGAUGGAAGACCCUUCAGCCCUUGCAUUCCACUUCCUGCCCAGGAGGAUCCUCUGUCUCAGAUGAAUGUAGAAAACGUCUCUUCUGCUGAGCAGUACUGGAAAGACUUGGCAGAUCAUAAUCAGAAAGCCCUGGGGGAUGCUCUUUUGGAAAACAAUCAGCUCCAAGUGACACUUACCCAAAAGCAAGAAGAGAUUGCAUCUCUGAAGGAAAGAAACACCCAGCUCAAGGAACUGGCCAGCCAAGCAAAGCAGCUGGCAUCUGUGCUGGAUAAACUGAUCAUACCUCCGUGUAAAGACACCUCAGACGCCUUCAUCACCAACAGCCACAACAAGAGAAGCCUCAUGCAGAUAUCCAACAACGAGCAAGAGGAUGACGCAGAGGUGAACGAAAUCUUGCGGGAAAUAUCGGACAAAUGCAAUCUAGCCCUGCAAUCCAUCGAUGAAAGUAGAGGUCCGAAACGUCCCCGUGGAGAGAGCGAUACAGUCCACAUGUACGGGGCUUUCCAUGGGUUGCAGACGCGUAGCAGCUGCAGCUCUCUGGACAUGAGUGGUAGUGACCUGGAAGAAGGGGUCUCCUUCAGGACAGCGAUCAAAGAGCACUGUAACAUCCGGACACUGGCCUUUCCUCAAGGCAAUGCAUUUACUAUCAGAACUGCCACUGGGGGCUAUAAGUUUAGGUGGGUCCCUAGCUGA